AAUUUAUACUCACCUGGACAGCACCUCCUCGGGCGUUACUGGCCAACACCCUCCCAAGAACAAGCGUCCAAAGGAGCCCGGAGAGAAUAGAAUCAAGCCCGCCAACAAAAAGGUGAAGCCCAAGAUUCCUAAAGCAAAGGACAGGGACUCGGCCGACUCGCCGCCCAAGAGUCAGUCUAUAAUGAUGCAGAUGACCGAUGCAGGUCGCUUCCAGAAACCCGCCGCCACCCUGAGUCUGGCGGCUGGGCAGACCCUCGAGCUUCGAUGUAAAGGGAAUAAAAUUGGAUGGAGCUACCCCGCGUACCUGGACACCUUCAAGGACUCCCGCCUCAGCGUGAAGCAGAACGAGCGCUACAGCCAGCUGACCCUGGUCAACUCCACUGCGGCCGACACUGGCGAGUUCAGCUGCUGGGGGCAGCUCUGCACCGGCUACAUCUGCAGGAAGGACGAGACCAGAGCGGGCUCCACCUACAUCUUCUUCAUAGAGAAAGGAGAACUGUUUGUGCCUUCUCCCAGUUACUUUGAUGUUGUCUACUUGAACCCGGACAGACAGGCUGUGGUUCCUUGUCGAGUGACUGUCCUGUCCGCCAAAGUCACCCUCCACAGGGAGUUCCCGGCCAAGGAAAUCCCGGCCAAUGGAACAGACAUUGUUUACGACGUGAAGAGAGGCUUUGUGUACCUGCAGCCCCACUCUGACCACCAGGGCGUGGUCUACUGCAAGGCCGAGGCGGGGGGCAAGUCGCAGAUCUCCGUCAAGUACCAGCUCCUCUACGCCGAAGUUCCCAGCGGCCCUCCGUCCACAACCAUCUUGGCGUCCUCAAACCGAGUAAAAAGCGGGGAUGGCAUCAGUGUGCUCUGCACUGUCCUAGGGGAGCCCGACGUGGAGGUGGAGUUCAGGUGGAUCUACCCCGGGCAGAAGGAUGAAAGGCCCGUGACCAUUCAGGACACUUGGCGGCUGGUGCAGAGAGGGCUGGGGCACACCACGAGGAUCUCGCAGAGCGUCCUGACGGUGGGAGACUUUGAGACCGUCGAUGCCGGGUAUUACAUUUGCACGGCCCAGAACCUCCGAGGGCAGACCACAGUAGCUACCACUGUUGAGUUUUCCUGACUUGGAAAGCGAAGUGGGAUGAACUGACGGGAGCCCGUUUGUGCCCACAACCGGCGCGGGCGCUUCUGGCCGGUGCCCUGCCAGAGGCCGGGUCGAGCGCCAAACCCCGGCAUCCAGACGAACAGGCAGGCACCCGGUCUAGUGAUAGAAGUGUUAACCCCCCUGACAGAAAGCAUGUCUCUUGAUUGCUUACCGACGUAUAUGCGUUUCUAGUUUUUACACUCAGAAAGCAUAUAUGUAAACAACUUUAUAUAAUCAUUAUUAAAUGAGCAAGUUUUUGUAAAAAAAA